AUGUCUUCUUCUUCUUGUUCUUUGAAGUUCACAAUCUCACUCAUUGUGAUUGCACUGUCAAUCCAGGGCCUGGAGAAAACUUCGGCGUCGUCGGUUGGUAGCCGUAAAAUGCUGACGUUCGGUGGACUUCCGAGUUUGCCCUUCCCUUCAGGGACUCCCACUUUGCCACAGCUUCCACCAUUCACAUUGCCUGGAAGUGGAGGACUCCCUGGAGGAAUCCCUGGAGGAAUCCCUGGUGGAAUCCCUGGAGGAAUCCCUGGAGGAAUCCCUGGAGGAAUCCCUUCUUUCCCUGGAUUAACACCUCCACCAUUUUUCACCAGGCCUUGA